AUGUCGUUCUGCAGCUUCUUCGGGGGCGAGAUUUUCCAGAACCACUUUGAGCCGGGUAUCUACGUGUGUGCCAAGUGUGGCUAUGAGCUCUUCUCCAGCCGCUCGAAGUACGCACACUCGUCCCCAUGGCCGGCCUUCACCGAGACCAUCCACGCUGACAGUGUGGCCAAGCGUCCAGAGCACAAUCGGCCUGGAGCCAUAAAGGUAUCCUGUGGCAGGUGUGGCAAUGGGCUGGGCCAUGAGUUCCUGAACGAUGGCCCCAAGCGCGGACAGUCCCGCUUCUGA